CUGGGUGGAGGAGGAGAGGAAGAGCUGCCGGAAGUAGGCGGUCGAGGUGGUGGCAGAGCAGGCGGCAGCUGCCAGGGAAACCGAGGCGCGGGAGCCGUAGCCCGCUGACAGGCAGGCCCGGGGGUCGUCUCUGCGCCCGGCAAAAGCAGGAGGCCCGAGCGUCCCUGUUGCCUGGGCCGAGGGUCCUGCCUGGUCCGGCAGCCUCGUUGGGACCUGGGCCUUUCCCUAAGCCCGCCAGGGGGCGCCGCCCUGAGGGGGCUGCAGAGUUGGGGGGCAGGCGCGGCUGACUGGAGAAGGGGCUCUGGACUGGGCAAGGGGAGAGGGCUCCCUCGUUCUCAGGAGGUGCCCUGGGCCGGGGACCGGGAGUCCUCACCUCCGGACUGAGGCAGGGGUUUCUGGGGGCUAGGAGGGCGCGUCGCCCUCUGCCCCCGCCGGCACCCUGGCCAUGACGGGCAAAUCGGUGAAGGACGUGGAUCGGUACCAGGCGGUCCUGGCCAACCUGCUGCUGGAGGAGGAUAACAAGUUUUGUGCGGACUGCCAGUCUAAAGGGCCACGAUGGGCCUCCUGGAACAUUGGUGUGUUCAUCUGCAUUCGAUGUGCUGGAAUCCACAGGAAUCUCGGGGUGCACAUAUCCAGGGUAAAAUCGGUUAACCUUGACCAGUGGACUCAAGAACAGAUCCAGUGCAUGCAAGAGAUGGGGAAUGGAAAGGCAAACCGACUUUAUGAAGCCUACCUGCCUGAGACCUUUCGGCGACCUCAAAUAGACCAUGCGGUCGAGGGAUUUAUUCGAGAUAAAUAUGAGAAGAAGAAAUACAUGGACAGAAGUCUGGACAUCAAUGCCUUUAGGAAAGAAAAAGAUAACAAGUGGAAAAGAGGGAGCGAACCAGCUCCAGAGAAAAAAAUGGAACCUGUUGUUUUUGAGAAAGUGAAAAUGCCACAGAAAAAAGAAGAUCCACAGCUACCUCGGAAAACCUCCCCGAAAUCCAAAGCUCCUGUGGUGGAUCUCUUGGGCCUUGAUGCUCCUGUAUCCUGCUCCAUUGCAAAUGGUAAGACCAGUAAUACCCUAGAGAAGGAUUUAGAUCUUCUGGCCUCUGUUUCAUCUCCCUCUUCUUCGGUUUCCAGAAAGGUUGUAGGUUCCAUGCCAACUCCAGGGAGUGCUGGCUCAGUUCCAGAAAACCUGAACCUGUUUCCAGAGCCAGGGAGCAAAUCAGAAGAAACAAGCAAGAAGCAGCUGUCUAAAGACUCCAUCCUGUCGCUGUAUGGAUCCCAGACGCCUCAGAUGGCCACCCAAGCGAUGUUCAUGGCUCCUGCUCAGAUGGCGUAUCCCACUGCCUACCCCAGCUUCCCUGGGGUUACACCUCCUAACAGCCUAAUGGGGAGCAUGAUGCCCCCACCAGUAGGCAUGGUAGCUCAGCCAGGAGCUUCUGGGAUGGUUGCCCCAAUGGCCAUGCCUGCAGGCUAUAUGGGAGGCAUGCAGGCCUCCAUGAUGGGUGUGCCAAAUGGAAUGAUGACCACCCAGCAGGCCAGCUACAUGGCAGGCAUGGCAGCUAUGCCCCAGACUAUGUAUGGGGUUCAGCCAGCUCAGCAGCUGCAGUGGAACCUAACUCAGAUGACCCAGCAGAUGGCCGGGAUGAACUUCUGUGGCACCAAUGGCAUGCUGAGCUAUGGACAGUCCAUGAACGGCGGGAACGGACAGGCAGCAAAUCAGACGCUCAGCCCUCAGAUGUGGAAAUAGGAACAGCGCACCUGGAUGACUACCACUCUCCCCGCCAACCCCUCUCCUUGUGUUUCCUCUUUCCCCAUCCCCCUCUCCUACUUCUCUCUGUUUGGUUUAGAAGUCGCUCAAUCCGGGUCACUUAGGACUUGGCAUCCUGCCUAGCCCAACCGCAUCCCAAACCUGCAGACCUCUCUGUGGCUUUCUGUCGUACCUGUCCCCCAGCUGUCCUGAUUCCCUCCCCAGCCUCAGCCGGGUUCUCUCCUGGCAGCUGCACCUUAGGAACUGUUGCCAGAAGGCACUUAGACUGCAGGAUAGAUGUGCACACCUUUGAGCACCUUUCCCACAAGGUGAAACUUCCUGUCAGACUCAGAAAGGUCUGUAGGGGUUGUGUUUUAGGCAAAGAGGGGAGAGUUUAGAGAUCCUUCUGUAUGUGUUGAUAAAUUAUUGGGUUGACCAAAAGAACCUUUUGGCCAACCCAGUAUUUCCAUAGGUUUAAAUUUUGGGGAUGAGAAAGGAGGCAUCAUGCUCCCCUGAUUUAUGGAAAUUAAGGAAGUACUGAAAUCGAAUUAAAUGCUCCUGGAGUCUUAGAGCAGUUUGCCCCCAGCCCUGGGGCGAGGAUGAGCAAAAUAUGACUCUACUUCACGCUGAAUUGUUUCCUGGAUCUGAGACUUCAGGAGUUGCUGCUUCGGUCAGCCUUUCUUAGCACCAAAGACUCUUCAAAGGUCCCACACAAAGACACACACCCUGUUCCCUGACUUCAUCUGGUAGGAUCUGGCAUUGUGGCUGGAGGACCAGCCCCUCCAGUGGGAAUGCAGAGCUUAACGUGUGUACUGCUUGUGUGUGUGUAUGUGGAUUCCACCUCCCACUCUUUCCCCAUCUGCAAUGGGUAUUUUUGUUUUUGUUUUUUAGUUUUAGGUUUACAACAGAGAGGAGUUAAUUUAUGAACAGCCUAAAACUGUUGCCAGUUUUUCUUUAGUUAAAAAAUUUACAAUCUCAUCGGUAGCUCCCUUCCUCUUUUCCCCUCUCCGACCUGCCAGUUGCUGUUUCGUAUUGGUGUGUCCAGGCUGCCCUGCGCCCCCAUCUGUCCAGGUGUAUGAGGCAGGGCGCCUGGGCAGCCUUCCUCUCAGUCAUCGUUCACCCCACUUGAAAAUUAAAACAAGAAGACGUUGCUUACAAGAUUUCAUCUGUGGAAACCACAGCUCCUGGUUGCCUUUCUCCUGUGUAUGUGUAAAUUCCUUAAUAAACAUUGCAGGGAAGCA